CUCUCUCUCUCUCUCUCUUUCGCUCUCUUUCUCUCUCCGUCUGUCUCUCCCUCUCUCCCUCCCUCUCUCUCUCUCUCUCUGUGUAAAUAUCCAUCCAUGUGAUCGAGAGAUCCGAUGAAUUAACACGUGUCAGAAUGAGGACAAGAGCUUCAAAGUUCUGUGUUGAAAUCCGUGAGAAAUAGAAGCAAGAAGGGUACGGAUUGUGCAAAGUACGUUCGACGAAUCCAUGGAUUUAUUCAACCAUCGAUAUUCGUGAUUCUUGAAGAGAAAUCGAGAAUCCUUUGGACGCUAAUCGAAAUGACGUUCGUUCGAUAAGUCGGACGAUGCAUUUUCGGUGAAGAAGAUUAAAAGAUCUUUGAUCGAACAUGGACGCGGAUUCGAAUGUCGAAGAAACGGAAUUGGACGUUGGGUCGGCGAGCGACGAGUUGGAAACGUCGAUCGCCGAAUCGAAGAUCGCUCGACGUCCAACGCCAAAACCGUUUACCAUCGAGAGUCUCAUAGGAAGUUGCACGGGUGCCAGAGGGAAUUGUACCGGUGACAUCGGCAUGUCGAAGAACGACAAGACCAAUGGAAACGAAGAAGGGAACGAAAGGGAAAGAGAAUAUCUUUAUCAACGGCAUUAUCUUGCGACGGCUGCGGCUGCUACUGCUUUGCCAUCAGGUUUCGGUGUACCGUUGAGUUUGUACGGGGCUUGGCUACCUAUGCGAAUGUAUGGCGGUGGCGGCGGCGGCGGCGGCGGUGCUUCCGGCGUCCCAAUGCUACCGCCACAUUCCUCGGUCAGUUAUCCUUCUCAUCAGGAUCUGCACCAGAAUAGAUUAGCUCAUCAUCUGGGAGCCGGUUCGAAUCAUCUCCAGGGUGCGGCUUAUCCUAACACCUUCCACCGGUCUAUAAGUCAGCGCGGAUCUACCAGUUUCACGGACAGCGACGACGAAGGUAGCAUCGACUCACCGCCCUCUCCCGUUCACGAUCUCUCCAAAUCGAGACUAGGAUCAGAAAACGGACGAGCCUCCGCCGAGAGCGAAGACGAAGGCGGAGGAACGAGCGGUACUGGCGAAGGACUCGACGCUACCGACGGCUCCGUCAACGGUACCAGAAGCAAUUGCUCUCCCAACGGACAAGCUCACGAAAGCGCUCGUGGAAAUUCGUCGUCGAACUCGUCGUCCGGAAACAAAGCUCGUCGUAGACGGACUGCCUUCACGUCGGAGCAACUUCUCGAGCUCGAACGGGAGUUCCACGCUAAAAAGUAUCUCAGUUUGACGGAGAGAUCGCACAUAGCGCACGCCCUUAAGCUUUCCGAGGUCCAGGUCAAGAUCUGGUUUCAAAAUCGUCGAGCAAAGUGGAAGAGAGUCAAGGCUGGACUCAAUGGAAACGGAGGAAUCGGCUCGAACGCUUCGUCGAUGUCGAGCUCGGGUGCAGCCGGUGGCCGUCACGGUGGAAGUACCGGACAACAUACCGGGAACGGUACGAGAAUCGUCGUACCGAUACCGGUUCACGUGAGUCGAUUGGCCGUGAGAUCGCACCAUCAUCAUUUGGAAAAAUGUGCGAGACCGGCGCGCAUAAGAACGACUACGACGACGACGACGACGACGACUGCAACGUCUACGACAGGAGCAGGGGCGACGGUGAACGAAGUUGGUGCGACUUCGUCCUCCUCGAUUCUCGUUUCCGACGCUAUGGGUUUGGUGAGCUCUUCGAUGAAUUUACCCAGUCAAUUGCAAAGUUCACCUUUGGCCGUAGGCGUUGGGAUCGGCGUAGGCGUCGGAUUAAGGGCCUUCAGCGUGCCAGCUCAUCGGGAUGGACUCAAUUCGGCCGGAAGGUAGUGAACGCUCGAAUCGCGAUCGCUAUCGCUUAUCUUCUUUUACUUUUUAUCAGGAUAACGUUGUUACAUAUACAUUCCCUUCGACGCGAUAAUUGCCUACCUACUACCGUGACUCUGAAAUGGAGUCUUUUCUUUUUCUUUCUUUAUUUCUCUUCUCUUUCUUUUUUCGAUAUUCCUCGCGUCUUUUCCUCAACGGAAAACCCCUUCUCGGGGUUUAAAGAGAAGAGUCAUUGCACCCGGCGCUACUAACUGGAUAAGAAAAAGACACGUGCAAAGCGUAAGAGCGAAGGAAUAAAAAGAGCGAACGCGACGGUAGCCGCGACGGUAGCCGCGACGGUAAAUAGACAUAAGAAUCGAGAGCUGUAAAUAGGAACGCGCGUAUCUCUAGGAUCGUAUUGUAUAUACAUCGGUCAUGCAUAUUAUAGAUAAUUUACGUUAGGCACGGUUUUACCCUAUCGCGCUCUACUCUGUUACGGUGAUAUUGUAUCGAUUUGUCGUGUGAUUAUCGCAGCUGUAUUAUACCGGUGUCUCGUAGAACGUUGCGACAGCGUUCUCUCCUACGUAUAUAUAUGUAUGCAUAUAUAUAUGUGUGUACAUACAUACAUAUAUAUAUGUAUGUAUAUAUGUGCACACACGUAUAUAUAGACACACACACAUAUAGCGCAUACUUUGCGUAUGUAUCAAUGAGAGCAAUAAAAAU